ACCACCUGUCUUUUGACCGUGAUGCAACGAUGAUUAAAUCCCAGAACAAGAGGCAGCUCCCAGAGAUAAUCCCUGACAACAUCAACAACGCUUACAUGUUUCAGAUGAUAUGUCAUGUUUGUAGUCGACGAAUGCUUUUCUAUUUACCUGAAAUCCCUAGUGCAGAGCUGAUUUUCUUCCAGGCGCUGUUUAUAAGUGUGUAGGCCUAUCAUCAGUGGGACAGAUGUAAAGCUCUGGGUAGCCCUGAUUUAUCACAGACUUAUAUUUAUGUACGAAGGGAAAGAUAUCUGACGGCUGUGAUUGGUUUGUAAUGUGACUGCUGAGCGUGGCCUCUCCCUGUGUUUCUACUUUCAAAUUAAUUUCCUACAUGGUCCAGUCAUAAAGGUUUUGAUUUAUUUUGACAGGGUACAGUUCCUAAUUUAGUUUCACAUUUGAUUUUUGUUUUUGUUUUUUCCUCUGUGACUAAACCAACAAUGAAAUCUUGCCACCUCACGACCUUUCUGGUCGACUAACAUUUGGUCGACUAUAAGGGGGCAGCCCUACAAAAAAGACAAUAUUUACAUGAUGAAGUGCCUCCCAAAAUAAACUUAGAUCUCUAUUUUAAAAACUAAUUUAACCAUCCACACAUGCCCCCUGGAGAAGGGCCAACAAUAACCUGCUAUUUAAAAGUUACAAGCAUGUCCAACUUUAUGCCUAGUGGUACUGUAUGUGAAGUACAUAGGAGCUUCUUAUCUUGGCAAUAGGUCUAAAAUCAGUAAAAAUGAAUGAUCUUCAAAUCCAAUACACACAGGGAACAAACACAUUGGGCUUUUUUCUGUUUGAUGCAUUGUGUAUCAUAAACAGUCAUACAUUUCCAUUAAAAUCCACUGGACUGGACUGGCAGCAGAAGACAACUAAAAUCAUCUACAUGAAUAAGUACUGUAUGUGUCAAAAAGGUGCAACACAUUUGCUAAAAAAAAAAGGCUUGACCCUAUUGGUGGCAGUAACCAUGUGAGCAGUGAGGUUUCCUGAUUAGGACACACACAGUGCACCUCAGGUUGGCCAAUCAAACAGAGUCUCGUCUCUUUAGAGUGGAGGAAGGAUUCGUGUCUUUUCUUUUCACACAGAAAUUGUGCACGAUGGCAUCUGCAAUGUUUGCUCUCUACCUCACAUGUCUGUUCUUGGGGAUAACAGCUCAGAUGACUGAUCUGGAAUCCUCAUCUGUUCAUCCUCACAGUGGUUUUCUAUCAGUUAACACUGGGGAAGACUUGACUUUGAAAUGUUUCUAUGGCGGUGCUACGGCUGCAAGGCUUUACUGGUACAAGCAAACUCUGGGACAGAGACCAACACUCAUCUCUACUUUCUAUACAUAUGAUAAAAAAGUUUAUUUUGAUGAAGAGUUCAAGAAGAGUUCGCACUUCUCACUGGAUACUGAAAAUGGCAAAUAUCACUUGACAAUCAGAGACUUGCAUAUUUCAGACUCUGCUACUUAUUACUGCAUAAGUUGCUAUCUAUACUCAUUUGACAUGCUGCAGAGCACUUUAAUCACUGUAAUGGAUUCAUUGAACGUCCCAGCUUCGGUCCAUCAGUCAGCGUCUGAGACCAUCCAGCCAGGAGGCUCUGUGACUCUGAACUGUACAGUACACACUGGGCGCUGUGAAGAUGGAGAACACAGUGUUUAUUGGUUCAAAUACUCUGAAGAGUCUCAUCCAGGACUCAUUUACAGCCAUGGAGGCAGGAAUGAUCAGUGUGAGAGGAAACCUGACACACAAACACACACCUGUGUCUACAACCUGCCGAUGAAGAGCCUGAAUCUUUCUCAUGCUGGGACCUACUACUGUGCUGUUGCCUCAUGUGGACACAUACUGUUUGGAGACGGGACCAAGCUGGACUUUGAACAUGAGGCAGACACUAAUGUCUUAGUGUAUUUCUCGAGUGGAGCCAUUACCCUGAGUGUGUUACUGGCUUUCUCAGUGUGCAUGAUGAACAAGGACAAGAGAAACAGCUGCAAAUCUACAGAGUCUGACGCAAGAGUUCCAGCUCCCUCCACAGCAGAUGCACAGGGUUACCAACAUGCAGAAAAACUCUAUUAUGCUGCUUUAAGUGUCAACCUGUCCAACAGAUCAAGAAGACAGAGGGAUCAGACCUGGAGUGAAUGUGUGUACUACAGUGUAAAGCAGUAGAACUGGACAUGUAACAUCUGUAUGCUGAGUAAGACAGGAUGUUCUUAGUGCCUCUUUUGACAUGUAAUGUACAUUUAUGAAAUAAAUAUGCUUUUAUUGUUUUUUUGUACAUAAAUUAGGAUACUCUGUAUUAUCUGUGGGGUCUGAAGUGUCUCCACAAUGUUCUUGAAAUUACAAGAUUAUUUUGAGCACAUAUAAAUAAAUGCUUUUAGGACUUAACCUGUAUAUUUAGAAGCUCAGAUCCAUUGAUGCUGUAAGAAUCACUCAGGUCAAGAUUAUUGUAUACUAUUGUGUUUAUCCUCAUUGUUUUUUUAACCAAAUCUUAUGUGUGGUUUUGUAUGUGAAAUCUAUGUUGUUAAUAAUUAAAUAAAUAGAAUCAGAAUUUU